AUGAGGGAAAUGCGGGCAGAGAAGCGGGAAGAAGCGAUUAAUUACUUCUUCCCACGUGUCCAGCUGACGCUGCUGGGGCAACAGAAGGAGGAGCAGCAGGAGGAGCGGGCCAUCGCAGGCGCGCUGCAGCGGCUGCUAGAUGGGUUCGGCAGUGUGGAGUGCGGUGAUGAGAGGCUGGACGGUGUGCAGAGUGGUGGGGAGGGGGGAGAGAGGGGCGGGCGGGGGGAGGUGGUGGUGUUAUGGCAAGCAGGAGCACGUCAUGUGGAGGAGAUGAGAGCUCUUCCCAUCGCCGCACAUCCCCGCGUCUCCCUCCUGCCGUUGGUGGAUCGCAUGGACAUGUGGGUGGCGCGAGCCCUGUCUGCCUUCACUCCAUCCCAUCUCACCCCUCCUUCCCCUCACCAUCCCCACCCAUGCCGUUUCUAUAACACGAUACCCCAUGGGGCAUGGAGGCAGGUUUGUGGAGCGCAUGGGUUUGUGGAGCGGAUGGACUUGGCAUAUGCACCAGCAGAUGUCGUGGUGGCACGGGCCGGUGCCGUCACGUGCUCUGAGCUGCUCACCACUCCCACGCCCUGCAUUCUGAUCCCAUCACCACACGUGGCAGCGGACCAUCAAACCGUGAAUGCACGAGCCAUGGUGCAAGCAGGGGCGGCUGUUAUGCUGCCUCAGGACCAGCUCUCCCCACACACUCUCCUCUCUGCUGUCACCUCGCUGCUUGCGGAUGGAGCAAGGAGGGAGAAGAUGGAAGAGUGUGCAGGGGCUGCUACCAGUGCUAAUGCUGCUGACGUCAUGGCACAGGAGGUGCUUCGACUGGCGCUCCAGCAGCAGCAGCACAGAAAGCAAAAGGCUAAAUUUGCAUAG